CGUGACUUUUGUAAUAAGUAAACAAACAAGAUGGCAGCCACCACUGAGCGAAUGAAAACACUGAUGAAAAGGAAAGACGAUCUCGAAUCUCAGGUUAAGGAACUUCACGCCUUGCUUGACUCGCAGAAGAGUGUGGGAACAGAUGGCCCUCUCAUUGACACGGAAGGUUUUCCCCGAUCUGACAUUGAUGUGUACUCAGUCCGACAUGCCCGACACCAGAUUGCCUGUCUGCAGAACGACCACAAGGAAGUGAUGAGGGAGAUCGAGGAGGAGCUGGUCAACAUCCACGCCCAGGCCAGACAGCAUCUCGGCAGCAGGGAGGAGGACAUGGAGGUGGACAAGGAGAAGCCGGAGGAGAAACCUUGGAUUGCUUUUGCCAAGAUCGACCGAGUGGAGGUCAACUCUCCAGCAGCUCAGGGGGGUGUUGAGGUUGAGGAUGAGGUGGUAAUGUUUGGCUCAGUGACGGCUGACAACUUCACCGGUCUGCAGAGUAUCGGCUCCCUAGUACAGCAUAGCAAGGAUAAAGCCUUGAGUGUGUCAGUCAGAAGGAAGGGUCAGGUCCUGCGCUUGAGUGUCACUCCUAAAACAUGGAGUGGGCGAGGUUUACUGGGAUGUAACAUUGUGCCUUCCAAGAGAUGAAAUAUUUCCUCCUUCACAACCACCUUUCACAACUGAUAAAGACAAGGAAGGAGAGUGAUGUUCUGAUGAACACUUCCUGUGAUGGGUGAACAAUAUGGAGUCGUGUGUCCUCAGCUUGUCUCCUUUGGUGCUAAACCUGCAGGAUGUUGUACCUCUAUCAACUAACAGUGACACCUUGUAUGGACAGCAUUUGGAUAUGGUUGUGCAUAUAAAAUGAACAGAUUUUUAAUGCAAAUAAUUCAGGACGCAAUUUGCAUUAGGAAGCUAAAUAUUAGUCAAUAAUUGUGUCAGUGUUAGUCAUGAUUUGUGUUUUAUUGGCUGUUGAAAACAUAUCUCCAAAUCCUUUGGUUAUCUUUUGCAUUUAAUGUGAAAAGUAUUUUAAAACUCGGAAAGCUCCCUUGCACUCAGAACCCAGAUCUGUGUAAGAGGAGGUAACAGGCAUUCUGUGACACAGUACCUCCAUCUUGUGGUGAAAGUUUUCACUUGUCAUGCAUGAUACACAGUGUGAAUUGUAUAUAGUGUGUCCCCCACAGUGCUAAAGCUGGAAUGUUGUUACGAGUAGAAAUAACCCAACUCAAUAUACACAUACUGACACACACAAUGUAUCAAUCUCCCUGAUGCUGCCUCCUUCUGUGUUUAUAUAGAUGUAAUCACAGAGUUAGUAUCAAUCUCCCUGAUGCUGCCUCCUUCUGCGUUUAUAUAGAUGUAAUCACAGAGUUAGUAUCAAUCUCCCUGAUGCUGCCUCCUUAUGUGUUUAUAUAGAUGUAAUCACAGAGUUAGUAUCAAUCUCCCUGAUGCUGCCUCCUUCUGUGUUUAUAUAGAUGUAAUCACAGAGUUAGUAUCAAUCUCCCUGAUGCUGCCUCCUUCUGUGUUUAUAUAGAUGUAAUCACAGAGUUAGUAUCAAUCUCCCUGAUGCUGCCUCCUUCUGUGUUUAUAUAGAUGUAAUCACAGAGUUAGUAUCAAUCUCCCUGAUGCUGCCUCCUUCUGCGUUUAUAUAGAUGUAAUCACAGAGUUAGUAUCAAUAUUAGUGUCAUGAGUCCUUGGUUUUCGUGUUUAGUUUCAAACACUGCUACUGUUGUACUUUAUAGGGGGAAUUAGUUUGAAAGAUUUUAUUCCUUGGGCUGAAAUGAUGUGUUGUUGUAGCUGGUUAAUUCUUCGAUGUCUGUUUUCUGUUAUUGUUGCAAUACUUUGUAAAUAGAAGCUGUGUACUUACCACACAUUUAUGAUGAAACAUUGAUCUGUUUUUCAAUAAAAGCAUUAAAAUAACA